AUGGAUAGAUUGCAAAGACUUAUGAUGAACACCAAGGUUGGUGCUGUUGAUGCAGACCGUAAUGAUACCAAGGAAACAGUAUAUAUAUCUUCAAUUGCGCUAUUGAAAAUGCUAAAGCACGGUAGAGCUGGUGUUCCUAUGGAAGUUAUGGGCCUGAUGUUAGGUGAAUUUGUAGAUGACUAUACAGUUAACGUUGUUGAUGUCUUUGCCAUGCCUCAAUCUGGUACCGGUGUUUCUGUGGAGGCUGUGGAUGAUGUCUUUCAAGCAAAGAUGAUGGAUAUGUUGAAACAAACCGGUAGAGACCAAAUGGUAGUUGGAUGGUACCACUCACAUCCUGGUUUUGGAUGUUGGUUAUCAUCCGUCGAUGUUAAUACACAGAAAUCUUUUGAACAAUUGAACAAUAGAGCUGUAGCUGUUGUUGUGGACCCAAUUCAAUCUGUUAAGGGUAAAGUUGUAAUUGAUGCAUUCAGAUUAAUUGAUACUGGUGCAUUAAUUAAUAAUCAAGAACCAAGACAAACGACGUCAAACGUUGGUUUGAUGAACAAAGCUAACAUUCAAGCCUUGAUUCAUGGUCUAAAUAGACAUUAUUAUUCGUUAAAUAUAGAUUAUCAUAGGACACAUGAUGAGACAAAGAUGUUAAUGAAUUUACAUAAAGAACAAUGGCAAGCUGGGUUAAAGAUGUAUGAUUAUGAAGAGAAAGAACAUAAUAAUUUGGAAGCAACACAAAAAAUGGUUAAAAUCGCUAAACAAUAUUCAAAGAGAGUUGAAGAAGAGAAAGAAUUGACAGAACAAGAAUUAAAAACACGUUAUAUCGGUAAACAAGAUCCAAAGAAACAUUUAACAGAUACCGCCAAUAGAGCUUUAGAAGAUAAUGUUGUCUCUAUAUUGACUGCAAAUGUUAAUGCCGUGGCCAUACAAUAA